CUCUCUCUCUCUCUCUUCUUCAGACAAAACCAACCCAACCGGCAACCCCAACCCUCUUGUAAUCUCUCCUCCACAUUUCAAUUCCAAUCCCUCUCUCCCCUCUCUCUGUCUCUCCUUGUUCGUUCAACUACUGGAAUCACCUUUGACGCUUUCUCCCAUUCAUCUCUGAUCAACGGCUCAUGACACACCGUCACGGCCACGCUUUCAUUUCCACAAACCACCUGUGACCCGAUCGGUCAGCCAUUGAUUUUUUUAAUUGAGGCGACAAAAGGAAUCUAGAAGACAAGUAUCUCAGUUCUUGAUUGUGCUCAUGGCCUCUGUAAGUGUGGCUCCUGCAUCUGGAUUAAGAGACCGCAGUGGAAAUACAGUUGCUCUCGACAGUUUGCCGAAUGAGAUGAAUGACAUGAAAAUUAGGGAUGACAAGGAAAUGGAAGGAACUGUUGUUAAUGGUAAUAGUACCGAAACAGGUCAUAUAAUUGUCACAACUAUUGGUGGAAGAAAUGGCCUGCUGAAACAGACAAUAAGCUAUAUGGCUGAGCGUGCUGUUGGACAUGGAUCUUUUGGAUUGGUUUUCCAGGCCAAGUGUUUAGAAACUGGAGAAACUGUUGCUAUUAAAAAGGUUCUUCAAGACAAAAGGUACAAGAAUCGGGAGUUGCAAACCAUGCGUCUUCUAGACCACCCCAACAUUGUGUCUCUUAAACAUUGUUUCUUUUCCACAACUGAAAAGGAUGAGUUAUACCUUAACCUUGUUCUUGAGUAUGUCCCUGAGACUGUCCAUAGAGUGAUCAAACAUUAUAGUAAGAUGAACCAGAGGAUGCCGCUGAUUUAUGUUAAACUCUAUUCUUACCAGAUUUGUAGAGCACUUGCUUACAUUCACAACACUAUUGGAUUGUGCCAUAGAGACAUAAAGCCUCAGAAUUUGUUGGUCAAUCCACAUACUCACCAGCUUAAAAUCUGCGACUUUGGUAGUGCAAAAAUCUUGGUAAAGGGGGAACCCAAUAUUUCUUACAUAUGUUCAAGAUACUAUCGAGCACCUGAACUUAUAUUUGGUGCAACAGAGUAUACCACAGCCAUUGACAUCUGGUCUGCUGGAUGUGUUCUCGCUGAACUUCUCCUCGGACAGCCUCUAUUUCCUGGGGAAAGUGGAGUAGACCAGCUUGUUGAAAUCAUUAAGGUUUUAGGCACACCAACGAGGGAGGAAAUUAAAUGCAUGAACCCUAAUUAUACAGAAUUUAAAUUCCCCCAAAUUAAAGCUCAUCCAUGGCACAAGAUAUUCCACAAGCGCAUGCCCGCUGAAGCCGUGGAUCUCGUAUCAAGGCUACUUCAGUACUCUCCAAACCUCAGAAGUACAGCUGCCUUGGUUCAUCCCUUCUUUGAUGAGUUACGGGACCCUAAUACCCGCCUGCCAAAUGGACGUUUCCUUCCCCCACUGUUUAAUUUCAAGGCUCAUGAACUCAAGGGAGUACCUGCAGAGAUGAUUGUCAAGCUGAUCCCAGACCAUGCAAGAAAACAGUGUGCCUUCCUUACGUCGUGAGUGUUCUUUACUUGAUGUUUUCCCUGCCCAGAUGAAAAACAAGGUCUGCUCUCCGUAAUGUGAUUGUCAUAUAUAAGAAGCAAUAUUAUUUAAAUCCUUCAUUUGUUCCCUUUAUUUGUUGUUUGUAGAGGUAGAAAGCCAAAUUAAGAAGGCUCUGCUUAUCAGAUGCUUUAAAUCUCACUGUGUUUACCUAUGUAGGAUUCCAAGUUAAAGUCCUUGUAAACCACAUGAGCACUGUUACCAGCAAAAUGUAAAUUUGCAAUGUUAACGGAUUUAAUGAAAAAUGUUUUCUUUGUGGAAAA